ACCGCAAUAUCACUUCACCCACAUAAUGUGGGCCACAUUUGGUUCGCCGAUCUGUUCAGGAUUUGAGUUUGACAGUUUGGAAAGAAAGCUGAAUUUUGAUUUUGUAACACGACAAUUUUAUUUAAUUGAAUGACAAGAAACGUGAAAUGGCAUUCCCGAUUCAUCACGUAAUGCAAACUGAAGAGGAGGUGGAACCACUCGACCAAAUUGACCAAGCUGCCUCUGAUCGAAUAUUAGAAUUAUUCGCCACUCCGUAUCCUGAGUUGACCCGUGCUCAAGUUCUGAUGCUGGAGAGGAUCGUAGCUGCGACAAAAGUGGCGCAAUUGCCUUACUCCCUUGUCUUCCAGCCGGAUAAUGUUUUAUAUGAUGAUACGAUGGACAUCGAUGAUGACAUCUCUUUAGCCAGCAUUGUCAUUCCUCGAUGUGAACCACUCGCUGAUUUAGCCCCAUACAUUUACUCAACAAGGGGUCGACACUCAACCGGACAUACCACGCCCAAUUCGGUAGCAGAUAAAAUGAGAGGGAUGUGGAACACGUACUUCGAAAAUGCGAGAGGAUAUGACGAAGGGCACGUUUAUGAUGACGAUGAUGUUUUGGAGUUUGUUGACUACAUGGAACUUUUCAUGGAUGAUCCUGCAGUGGGAAUGCCCUUGAAUACUUUGAGAGGAGGCGAAUGCCAUGUUUUGUAUGACCAUAAGCGGCAAUUUUUCAUUCUACACUCCAUAAGGCAUCGUUUUUUGUUGUGCAUGACUCCAGGUUGUUUUAGACUGGAAGGAGAACACGUUUCGGUCGAAUUUCCACACUGUUUUAGACAUUACAACACUGAGGUUCAUGUGGUGCUGGAAAUAACCCGUGUUCAUGACAAUGAUGACAAGAAGAAACCGAAAACCAUCCCUAUCGACAUGUUCAGUUCCAACUUUCUGUGGAUAAUGAUUGGAAUGAUGCAAAAACGAAGAAAUAUCUACAAAAAGUGUGGUUUCAGCAUAUCCUCCGAAUGUUCCAUCAGUCGUCACAGAGGCAUGGAUUUUUACUACUUACCAGGCAGCGGUAGAUAAAAUAUCAUGUCUUGAGUUCUGCCAUAUCCUCAAGUCUUUGAAUGACACGACCUACGAAUACGUAUCAGACCAUACCGUACUUCCCGUUAAUCUGCAUGACCAACUGGAACCACUACUCCAUUCUCUGGGCAUCACAAUUACCCUGCAAGGAUCCGUGUCGGAUGAAGACCUCGAGUCAAUUGGACUUUCUGACUUAUUUGGUGUCCCAUUUAAUGAAGAGUCCCUCAAAGAGUCAAAGAUUGUCCUAUAUCAGGAAUCGAACAAUCAUUUCGAAUACAGAGGAGUCACCACAGAUUGGAGUAAGAAGCAGUUGUAUGUUAACAGCACACAAAAAACCCUUCUUUUUGCAGCAAAGGAGAGGGGUCACAAGUUCACAUUUGAACCUCGCCGCAUUUUAUAUGACAGGACUAACAUGGUGAAAGCAGAGUUUAUGACGAUUUUAGGGUCAGUUAUUGCAAGUUAUUUGCAUGCACCACGACCAGAUACUCGACAAGACUUUGUUAAUGUUAAUUGUAGAGUAGAUACUAGCUUUUUAGUUAAUAGAAAUCGUAUUAGUGAUAUGCAGAAUGUACCUCUACAAAGAUAUGAGAAUCCAGAGGAGCAUGAUGAGGAUUAUAGUUAUGAUGAUGAGGCAGCUUUUUAUGAUAAUCAACAUUUAACAGACUUGGAGUUGUUAAUGCAAUGGAUUGCUCACGAGUACCGUAUUAAGGUUAUUAUUACUGUUAACCCAGAGGAAGUGGAUGAGCAAUAGUAGUAAUUUUAAAUAAAUUGAUGUCUGUCAACCACCUAAA